AUGGACUUUAAUCCUGUUCGAUUUGAAUACAAUAAGAAUUACACAAAGAGUAUAGCAAGCAUAUUUAGUAGGGUUGAAAUAAUUUCUACAGAUACAGACAGCUCUAGCCGAAAGUUUGUUUUUCCUUCCAUUGGAAGCAUUAAGUAUUGCAAAGCCAGAAUAGUAGAGACAGAAAGACUCGAGACCUCCUGGAGAGAGGUUUAUCGUAUAAAAUUCGAUAAGAAGUUUGAUUUUAAGCCUGGAGAUUCCAUUGGAAUAUUGUGUCCAAACAAUGAUGCUUUGGUCGACGAAAUAAUGAAGAUUCUCUGUCUCAAAGAUUUUAGCUGCCAAAUGAGUAGAACGGGCAAGAACUCCUUCAAUUACACUGGAAGAAUUAGAGACUUCUUUAAGUACUACUUCGACUUCGGGGGUCUUCCAAGAAAAUCCUUAUUAAUCAAUCUAGCUAGAAGUUGCACGGAAGAAAAUCAAAAAUAUAUUGAAUAUCUCUGUUCAAGAGAAGGUAUUGCAGACUAUCUUGGAAUAGGGAAAAGAUGGAAUAACAUUCUUGAUAUUAUAAGGACCUUUAAAUGCAAGCCCACCCUGGAGGAAAUUAUAGGAGAAUGUGAGAUUGUAAAGCCUAGGUACUUUUCUCUUAUAAAUGAAAUUGGGAAGGAAUCCGAAAUUCUUAUUGGAAUAACAAACAAGAUCUUUAAUGAGUUUGUAAGAUAUGGUCAUGUCUCAGACUUUAUAAUUCAAUCGGAGGCCGAAGAGAUUGAAGCAUGUUUAAGAACAAAUCUUCUCUUCAGAAUGGAUUACAAUAGAAGGCGGAUCCUGGCAAUAUGCACAGGGACAGGAAUAGCUCCUUUUCUAUCUUUUGUGGCAAAUCUUCAAUCACACCAAAGUAUUUGGAUCAUAUAUGGGUUUAGGAACGAUGAAGAUGAUAUUUCUAAAUUGAUGAAGUCUGGGGAAAAGAUAAAAAUAUCCAGAGUUAAGUCUAGCGACGGACACUAUGUCACCGAUUACUUAGUGGAGAAGAUUGAUGAGAUAAAGGAAUAUAUUGAUGAGGAAUGUGCAGUCUAUGCAUGCGGGAAGAUGGAAAUGCAGAGGAAAGUGUUUGAAAUAUUCAAAAAUGAGCAUCCCGAGAUUGUAGAGUCCAAGCGAUUGAUCUUCGACCAAUGGGGCUAA